AACCGGGAAGUAAUCCACGUCAGCCGCACGAUUAUUCACUGCUUCAUCUGUCGAGUCUCGACGUUGACAUUUGACUUAAAAGUCAAAACUGAAAUCGAUGGCCGGAAUAAACUCUUCGCCGGCAACGAUCAAGCUCUUCUCCGUUCUACUUCUCCUUCUCACAAUCUCACCCCCACCACCCAUUUUCGCUAAAGCCUUCUCCUUCCCAUUCACCUCCUUCUCCCAAUACAAAACCCUAAUCUCAACCUCACGAUCCCUCCUCCUCCGCGUCGCGAACCUUCGCGCCUCCCGCGGAGACGCGUCGGGGUCGUCUCGGGUACGCGCAAUGGCUGAGGAGAUCGAUCGUGGGUUGGGGAUAGGGUUCCUGAGCAGAGCGUGGUCCGUUGGGUGGGAUUACGUGUGGAACUACGCUUGGAGAAAGGGUGGGAUCGACUACGGUGAGGUGUACGGUACGAUCGGUGAUCUCAACGAGCUUAUGAGUAUUGUUACGGAGUUCAAUCGAGCUGAAUCGAACGCUCAGAAAGCGAGCUCUGUUGCCAGGAGUUAUGGCAAAGCUCUUCGUGUCUCGAAGCAGUUGCUUCGUCGUCUCCUUAGAAUCUUUGGCAAAUCGGGUGCAUUGAGGGAGUUUUGGGAGAUGGUGCAAGCUGAAGUAGUAGAUGGAGAGUUAUUACAUGACUGUCUUGAAGUGGGAAGUAGCGAUGUUAAGAGUUUGCUUCAAAUAGCGAAAGACAUGGCUCUACAAUACUUUUCUUCUACAAGCCGUUCCUCGGAUGAGUUAUAGCUACAGAGAUGAAGAGUUUUCAUGUACGUAUCUUCUUUUUGUUGUAAACAAUAUUAUUAGUAGAUUAUACGUUUUUUUCUGCUUUGAAUCUGAGUUCUUUCCAUCGUGUUUUUUUCAUGGAAUGUGACUUGUUUGCCAUGUUGUAUAGACGUAGGCAUUAAGCCAAAAUCUUCUGGGAAAUUCGCCAAAACCGUUUUGUUCGGUACAUUUUUUUUGCUAGAUAAGUUAAAGAGAUUCGUAGACUUGAACCACG